CGAGGCAGAGCCAGUGUCUUCACGAACCACGGCAGUCAAGUACCUCUGCAGCCAGCAGCCCGUGUCGCAACAAAGAGACCGCACAUUAUUCUCGAUAGACAACCGAGAUGAAACCGUCUGUGAUCAUCACAAUGCUUGUCAUGGCCCUAGCCCUGCAGUGUAUUGCAAAGAAACAGGAAAGAGAGCAACUUAUAAAUCAAGUAUCUUGGACACUUCUCGGGCAGUGGAUGACAAAAGAGGCAAUCUUCAUGGGAUACUCAUGCGACCUUCAAGUGCAGCCUAGGUUCUCUGCCUGGCUGCUGUACUACGAGUGCUCUUUCUCCUGUACCGAAUGGACUGACAUCAUAGGCAAAGCCGUGUCGCGCUGCAAACUAGAGGCAGCAGAGGAUGCCGUGCGGAAUUUCGUCGAUACAGCCAUGCAGAACAAUCUCAUCAGACAGAUAGACGCGAGCAAGUGGUAUGAAGAACAGAACAAUGCAACCAAAACCUUUUAGCUUAGCUUAAUUUAUCUCAAUAUAUAUAAUAUAUAUAACAUAUAAUUUAUACAUAUAUAUGUAUGCACGCAUAUACACAUAGCUAUUUAUGAACAUACAUAAUGUACUCUCAUGUUGUUAUCAUUAAUACCAUUUUUUUUUUUUUUGUAUAAUCAUACAUGUAUAACAGCUAUGUAGUUUUAAUUUUUUGGUAGUA